UUCAGACAAAAUGAGUGCCAAAUCUCUCGCAAAGGCUGCCUCAAAGCCUCGGCAUCAAUCCACUCCGUUCCCAAAAACGGAACAGAUUGGUUUUCAACUG